ACCUUCCCCUAAAAUCAAAACACUCUUUUUGACUUUAGCUAAGAUUUUUGCGCAGACGAUGUUACGAAAUUAACCUGAUACAUCUGCCGACAAAUUCGGUUGACGGCAGCAGAUGUAUCGAACUAUUUUGAAGUGUGACGCCUCAGAUAAAUGUAACGAAUAUUGCCAUAGACACUGACAGCGAGAAGUUUCAUUUAACUUCAAUGUAAUGAAUCAUUGAAUGUUGCCAUGUUCAAGAUGUUGGGUUGGAAGGAAAUUAUUUAUUUAACGACGCACUCAACACAUUUAAUUACGGUUAUAUGGCGUCGGACAUACGGUUAAGGACGACACAGAAACCAUGAAUCCAGAUGAAGUUGAGAAAUUUCACACAGUCAUCAUAAAUAAUGAUGAAUGUAAAGUUCUCCAAAUGCUACAGGAAGGAAUUGAUGUCAAUGCAGAUCUCAACUUUAAGUCUCCUCUAGGUACCGCAGUGGAGUGUGACCACACUAGAAUUGCUGGCCGCCUCAUUGACCAUGGGGCCGAUGUCAACAAGGCCGACAAGUUCCUCAAGUUCCCGCUGAUCACUGCCAGUCAGCGAGGCAACGUGGAACUGGUACGCAUGUUGCUGAAGGCUGGAGCAAACCACAAGCUGAAGAGACUCAAUGGCAACACCCCACUUCACGAGAGUGUCAGUCGUGGACAUGUCGACGUGGUGCGACAACUUCUGUUGAUGGGGAGCGACAUCAACCAGACGAACAACGGCAAGGAGACGCCGCUACACCUGGCCUGUCUGGCAGGAAAUACUCACAUCGUCAAGGUGCUGAUUGAAUCUGGUGCUAACGUUAAUGCAACUGUUGGUAAAGAUGGCGUAUCACCCAUUCAUCUUGCUGCAUUCCGAGGGUCGGCAGAAAUCGUCGAGUUGUUGAUAAACAAUGGCGCUCCUGUUGAUACUAUGAAAGGGGAUGACUGUCGUACACCACUACACAUCGCUAGCAUAAAGAACUGUAUUGAGGUUGCCAGACUUCUCUUGAGAAACAACUGUAGUGUAGAUGCACUAAGCAUGGGACAAAAUGAAGCCAAAACUCCGCUGAUCCAAGCUGUGGAAUUCGACAACGUUGGAAUUAUUGAUCUGUUAAUAGACGCAGGAGUGGACAUCGAUGUAGGCGACUAUCACGGAGUUACCCCCCUUAUCAGUGCAAUCUUCAAGUCGAACGCCCGCGUCGUGGUGCGACUGGUGCGAGCCAACUGUGACGUGAACAAACCCAGCACGAAUGGGUUGUCUCCCUUGGAUGCGGCAUUAAUGCGUAACGAGUUUAACAUUGUUAAGAUUCUACUUCUAGCCGGAUGCAGCGUUCGAAAGUGUGAACUUGUUGAACUGGAAAAGCUAGAUUCUGAUCUGAUAAAUGUAAAGGACAGGGAAGAAAUAUUUUCUUUCGUCUGCUGUCCAUCACGGUUAUUGCAUCUCUGUCGAAAAGCUAUACUGGAAAAACUAGGUCACCUGCCAUGUCACAAGAUGAGAAAUCUUCCACUGCCCGUGAAUCUGAAGAAAUAUUUGACAUUUCCAGAAUUUGAGGAGAAGAAUUUGUAUCCAUUUGAUGUGGAGGAACAAGAUGAGUUGUGCAUACAAAGAAAACAAGAUGACACGCCAGCAAAUGCAGCUGUUAAUUUCUACUUUAGUUAGUGGUAACCAGAGUUCAAAAUAAGCACAUGUCCAUUGUCCUGACAGGCAAAUUGGAUCUCAGUGGUUAUAGGGUGGACAAGUAAAAGAAAUAAACAAAGCAGUUUCAUAUUUUAAGCAAUCAAAAACGUCGCCCUCACACUGGAAUAAAUCUGGGAUGGGAUGUAGCCCACUGGUAAAGUGCUCGCUUGAUGCAUGGUCGGUUUAGUAUCAAUCCCUGUCUGUGGGCCCAUCGUGCUAUUUCUCGUUCCAGCUAGUGCACCACAACUGGUAUAUCA